CGCCCCGUCCUCUCUCUCGCUCUAAAAUCCUUCUUCUGCUGCAAAUCUCUUUAUGUAAAUCGGCUCGUCUUUUAUCCUCAAAUCUUUUUCUUUUCCCUAAAUUUUUACCCGCGAAAAUUAGGUUUUGCGCGAUUACAUUUUCAUUUUCAAAAAUUUUAAAACACCGAGGAAACUCUCAGAUCUCUCUCUUUCUUCUAGGGUUUUCUCUCUCUCUCUCUCUCUCACGUUGAGGAUGGAUGCGGCGGCUACCGAUGUACCGACGAAUCUCGAAUCCGUCGAAGUGACUUCAGCGGUUAAACAAAAGAGGGAUGCAGAAGAGAGCAGAGACGUAGAGGGAGAGGGAGAAUCUGCGCCUCCACCGUCAAAGAAACGGCGAUUCGACGAGGAAGUUAACAGAGUAGCAGAGAUUGUUCUCGUCUUAUCUGCACUACGGAGGAUCCGAGGAGGCAAACCCCCGACGGAAUUGGAGCUUGAGCUAAUGGUUGAAGCUAAAUCGAAACUGGUAGACAUGUGUCAAGAGUUUUCUCCAAAGGAUAUCAUCGGUAGGGAUGCUAUCGGAGCUGUGAUUGAAGAUCUGGGUUUGAAUGGUAAGCUCAAGGAUCAGAGAUUAGGGUUCCGAGCUCCUAAGUUAACCAUAUCCGAGAAGCUAUCUCUUGGCAAGAGAAAGAUGGAAGAUGCGAAGAAGAACUCACUAGUUCCCACUACCUAUACAUCUCCAGCUCAUUUAACUCCUGCAAAUAGUGUUUCUAUGGGACAUCAGUGGGUUAAUAGCGAAAUGAAGGUAUCUGGUAGUGCUCUUAAUGCAGGUGGAACCCAUUUCGUUAAGGAUGCAUCAGGGAUUAGACCACAGUUUAAGCCGGAUGUGCAUGCCAGUGCUUCACAGGGACCAGCAGUUCCUGGUGGAAAUUAUUAUGGGAAUACUGCAUCUUGGUCUGCCCAACCUCAUCCCAGUUCCUCCACCAUAUCAUUUGGAACUCCAUCAGAGUGCAAAGUUCACGUUCCGAGCUCUUCAAGAGUCACAGAUCCGAGCUUUAGACCCUUCAUGUCUCAACCUCAGCCAGGUGCAUUCCCAGGCAUGAAAGGAGUGACUUAUGGUCAGACCUCUUCACCUUUUGGAAACAACCACCAUGCUGAAAUCGCUAAGAUUAUCCACAAGGUACUGCAACCGAGGGCUAAACAAAACCUCUUGUGGAAUCCACCUUCAAGAGAGUAUAUGAGUAAAGCAAUGACAUGCCAGAUGUGCCAAGGAACCAUCAACGAAGUGGAGACGCUGCUGAUUUGUGAUGCCUGUGAAAAGGGAUAUCACUUGAAAUGUCUACAAGCUAACAAUAUCAAAGGUGUUCCCAAAUCUGAAUGGCAUUGCUCAAGAUGUGUGCAGUUGUACAGUGGCAAGUCUUUUCCUCCUAAAUAUGGUCGCGUUAUGAGAAGCGCCACUACAGCAAAAAUGUCUUCUACGACAGCUGAAGUUCAGUCACCCAAGAUGGUUGGUAAAAUUAAUCUAAAGGUUAAUAAAGAGGCAACGCCACAUUCUGAGACAGCAAAACCAACUGUAGAUUCAGCUACAGAUCGAACAGUUGAAGCUGAAGGUGCAGAAGCUGGAAGUCAAACAGUUAAAGCUGAAGAUGCAGCAGCUAUAAGUCAAACGGUUGAAGCUGAAGAUGCAUCUAUGAAUGAAGGAGAUGAUACUAAUGAUGAAUCACAAGGUUCUGUAGGAAAUGAAGCUGAGUGCGAUGAUCCUUUAGAACAGGUACCUCACUCAGAGACUCCUAAUCCUCCAAAACAAGAUAACAAAGAAGAUCCAAGCAAAGGUGUUACUGAAGGAUCUGUUUCACCGAGUGGCCAAGAUAAAGGCCUGAAGAUCACUGUAGAACCAUCAUCACAAGAGGAGAAUUCAGCAUCUCAGACAGAGAACUUACCAUCCCAGCCUCCUCCUUUGCAGCCCAACACAGAUCAAUCCCAGCAAGAGAACAACACAACACCAAAUGUUGAAGAGGCUUUACAGAAGAAUGUCACAGAAAAUCCAGAGGAAAACUGAAGCUGUGAAUGGAAUGGUUGAGACUCUUUGUUCUUCUAGUGUAUCAUAGUAAGUGAUCGUAAGUGCUGAUGUAUCUACCCUAGGGUUGAUUACUAGAUCUUUGUUCCAUGUUUCAAACUUUCUGAGCUAAACUAGUUAUUGAUUUAGGUAUAAUUUUGUAAUUUAGCUUGAACUUUUUUUAAAUAAGUAGUUUAUUUAAUUUUGAAUCUACUUUAC